AAAGACUUAUCCUCUGCAGUUAUAAAACCUUUAGCUGGUACAGUGAGUGGAAGCUAUGGUGUCCUAUUCUUCCAGAAUCUUUACCAGAACUUUCCCCAAGUCCACAGCGUUCGGCCUCGCACGAACGCUUUCUCCCUUCUCCACCGGUUCUCGACUUAAUCAAAUUCGUUCCAUGUCGGAUUCUACCCAGUUCAAGAAAAUUCAGAUUCAGAGAGACGACAAUACAUUUGAUGCAUACGUUGUUGGCAAAGAAAAUGCCCCUGGCAUUGUUGUGCUUCAGGAGUGGUGGGGUGUUGAUUUCGAGGUCAAGAAUCACGCUUUGAAAAUUUCCCAGUUUGAUCCUGGCUAUAAAGCACUUAUACCUGACUUGUAUCGUGGAAAGGUUGGUUUAGAUGUUGCAGAAGCACAGCAUUUGAUGGAUGGUCUUGACUGGCAAGGUGCUGUGAAGGACAUUCAGGCUUCAGUUAACUGGCUCAAGGCUAAUGGUUCACAGAAGGUGGGUGUUACAGGAUUCUGCAUGGGUGGUGCUCUCGCCAUUGCAAGUUCUGUUUUGGUUCCUGGGGUUGACGCUGUUGCAGCCUUCUAUGGAAUUCCUUCAUCAGAGCUUGCAGAUCCUACCCAUGCUAAGGCACCUGUGCAGGCCCAGUUUGGGGAGCGUGAUAAUUUUGUAGGCUUUUCAGAUGUGAAGACUGCCAAAGCUUUCGAGGAAAAGCUGAAGGUAUCAGGGGUUCCUUAUGAGGUAUGCCUGUAUCCGGAGGCUGGACAUGCCUUUAUGAACAAAUCUCCUGAAGGUGUUAAGAGGAGAAAAGGUAUGGGAAUGGAUGAUGUGGAUGACGCUGUGGUCGAGUUAGCAUGGUCUCGCUUCCGUUCAUGGAUGAGUCGCUUCUUAUCUUCUUAAGCAGUAUGUAUACUGCCAUCACAUGUUAGCUUGAUAUAAUAAGAUGGCAUGGUAAUUGGAGACACUGGAUGGCUGCACUAUGCUAUGCUAUUGUUAUACUUUUAGUAUGUGUGGAUGCAACUUGGAAAAUCACUAUUUUGUGAUGAGAUCGCUGAUAUAAGCUUAAUUUGAUAGACUGGUAAUCUUUCAUCUUUUGCACAUUGAUUAAUUACACUUUUUCCCAUGAAAUUCCCCCUGAUUCCCC